AUGCCUUCGACGCGACGAAGCUCUCCUAUGGACGACACAUUCCGCGACUACGACGAGAUAACCGAAGCCCUCGAUAACCUCCUCGGGCACGAACAGCAUCAGAAUCAUGAACCUCAACUACCUAUGCAAGCCGGUCCAGGACCAUCAUCAAACGCCCGUCUUUCACAGCACGCUCGACGGGAGCUGCCGACGCCCAGCCCCGGACAUUCUCCUUACCGCUACUACCAGCAUGGGCAGCAGCUGGAGCCGAUUAUGACCGGGGAGACGCUGCAGAUUGAUGAGUACCAGUCGGUCCCGUCGGGAGACCCGUUCGACGAUACAUACGGCGCGGCGCCCCAUCGCGCGAGUGCUUACUCGAAUGGGGGAUCUGACUACACGCCGCCCUCGCCUCACUCAUAUGACCAAGCGCUGGAAGCGAUGAACACGCUCCCUGCGGGCAACGAUUACGGCGCGCAAGUGUUUGCAUCUGGCAACUACUCACGCAGUCCCUUCCGCCCACCCCGCUCCCGCUCGCCCACCCCCGCUGUCGACGACGAGGACUACAUGGUCGUAGGGAACAACAGCUUCCACUACGUCGCAAGCCCGGAGCGGCGUGUGCACGACCCGGAGAAGGCGGCGAUGUAUGUUGUGAACGGCGACUACGGCGUGCCGGGCGAUUACAUCCAGACCGCGCAGUAUAUUCAGAGGGAGAAGAGCCUUUCGUCGCACGCGAAUACGGAGCCGGAGACGCCUGUGGAGACGAAGCACUAUGGGCCUGCGCCAAGUGGGCGGGUAGUCCGCCGCCGCAAGUCGAGGAAGCGAGUGCAGCUCACGAAUGGAAAUUACGUGCUUUCAUCGGAUGUCCCGCCUGCGAUGGUGAUGCCGUUCAGCAGUAGAGGCGAGCCGGAAAUGACGAAGACGCGAUAUACUGCUGUCACCGGAGACCCGGACGAAUUUGAGAAGAGAGGAUUUUCUCUCCGACAGAACGAGAUGGGGCGCAAAACUGAGCUGUUCAUUGUUAUAACGAUGUACAAUGAAGACGAAGAACUCUUCUGUCGGACAAUGCACGGUGUGAUGCAGAAUAUCUCUCACCUAUGUACUCGUAAAAAUUCCCAAACCUGGGGUCCUGACGCAUGGAAAAAGGUCGUAGUCUGCAUAGUAUCCGACGGCCGUCGGAAGAUCAACCAGAACGUCCUUCAUUGCCUGACUCUCCUAGGCGUAUACCAAGACGUCGGGCAGAUGAAGAACUUGGUGAACGGGGAAGAAGUCACUGCGCACUUGUUCGAGUACACGACGUCCUUUGGGCUGGACUCCAACAUACAUUUUAGGUACCCCGAUAAGGGGAUUGUGCCGACGCAGAUAAUAUUCUGCUUGAAGGAGAAGAACCAGAAGAAGAUUAAUAGCCACCGCUGGUUCUUUAAUGCGUUCGCUCCGCUGCUGCAGCCCAAUGUCUGUGUCCUGCUAGAUGUCGGAACGCGACCUGGGAACAAGAGCAUAUAUCGCUUGUGGAAGACCUUCGAUCUGAACUCCAAUGUGGGAGGUGCUUGCGGCGAGAUAGCGGUGUAUAAAGGGAAGCACUGGUCCCUGCUCGCCAAUCCGCUAGUCGCUGCCCAGAACUUCGAAUAUAAGAUCAGCAACAUAUUGGAUAAGACGACAGAGUCCAUGUUUGGUUAUAUAAGUGUGCUGCCUGGCGCGUUCUCGGCGUAUCGGUAUAUCGCCCUCCAGAACGAUAAACGAGGCGUUGGUCCCCUAGCUUCGUAUUUCAAAGGCGAGGUUUUGCAUGGCCGAGACACGGAUAUCUUCACAUCCAAUAUGUAUCUUGCCGAAGAUCGCAUUCUCUGCUUUGAACUCGUCGCCAAAGCCAACUCGAACUGGGUGCUACGAUACGUCCAGGGAGCGAUCGGCGAGACCGAUGUCCCCGACGCCCUGCCCGAGUUCAUCCUGCAGCGGAGGAGAUGGCUGAACGGCUCGUUCUUCGCGGCGACCUACUCCAUCGCGCAUUUGGGGCAGAUCCUGCGCUCGGGGCACAGCGUCGGCAGGAAGGUGUCGCUCAUGCUGGAGAUGAUGUAUAAUGUGAUCAAUCUGACCUUCUCGUGGUUCGCGAUUGGGAACUUCUAUCUCUUCUUCGUUGUUUUGACGUCCUCUCUUGAGGAUCCGUCAUUUAACAUGCCCGGGAUUCAGAAUUUUAAUCUCAUAGUUCAGUUUAUGAUGGGGUCUAUCGUCAUUGCUUGCUUCCUGUUUGCCAUGGGUAAUAAACCUCAGACGUCAAAGAUGAAGUAUAAAUUAACUUCGAUCUUCUUGGCGAUUCUUAUGGUCUACUUGAUCUUCGCGUCCAUUCAGUGCGCCUUGAAAGCCGCACAACAAGGCGGCAGUGCCAAUAGCGUCAUGCUGUUCAGCGUUGUUAUUACAUUUGGCUUAUAUGCGGCUAGCAGUCUGCUUGCGUUCGACCCAUGGCAUGUGUUGACAAGCUCUGUGCAAUACUUCUUCAUGUCUCCGACGUAUAUAAAUAUUCUUAACGUUUAUGCAUUCUCAAACCUCGACGAUAUUUCUUGGGGGACAAAGCAGGACUCGGCAGACGAGAUUGAUCUCGGUGCUGUAGUGCAGAAUAAAGACAAACAAGUCGAGGUCGAGAUAGCGACGGCCCCGAACGAUAUUAGCCAGAUAUACGAAGAGGCGCUGUAUGCCCUGCGAAAUCGCUCGGAGCCUCCCCCGGCUUCCAAAGUUCCCUCUGGUCCCAGUGAUGCGGAGAGGGAGCAGGCGGCGAAGGACUAUUACGCGAGUGUGCGCACAAAUGUCCUACUGUCAUGGGUACUCUCGAACGGCUUGCUACUUGUCUGCAUACUUGGGGCUGGCUCCUCGCCGUCGAGUACGUUCGACCCUCAAGCAAACAUGAACAGAACUAAAUCCUACCUUAUCUUCGUACUGGCAUUCACUGCUAUCACGAACCUAAUACGUUUCGGAGGCUCUACAUUAUAUUUCCUGACAAGGUUUAUCACUGGAUGA